AUGUAAAUAUCUGCAGGAAAUAAUUAAAAAGAAAUUAGUUAAGAUUAGUUUUUUCAAAGCAAUGAUAACAAUUAAAAAGUUGAUCUGUCAAUAAAUAGAUUUAAUAUUCAAUAAGAAAUCAAAUAUAGUGCUUUUUCUCCACAAAAUUUAGCAUAAGGUUAAAUAGUAGUUCCUUUUGAUAUGGAUACACAAUAAAAUACUAAUUAAUUCUUAUAAUUGCUCUCAGAAGCAGAUGAAGAUUAUAAGCUUAAAUUUUUUCGUUCAACCUUAUGUUUGUGGUUGGUCUGGGGUUGUACAAUCUUUUUGAUUUUGAUCUUCAAUCUAGGUAAUAUAGAUCGAUAUUGCAGUCGUAUAGAAAGAUUAAUAGAAUUUGGUUCUUUGUUUGUUGGUUUACUUAUUGUAUCUCUGCUAAAAAAUAGAAUUGAAAAAAAAUGUGUGAGUUUAGAUUUAAUAAAAUCUGAAUAUAUUGAUAAGAUACUAUUUGUUAUUAUAGCAGUUGCUUCAGGUUUUUUUCAUGUUAAUUUAAUUGCAAUAAUUGAAUGUUAAUUAGUGGGGAAUAUAUCAUAUAAUAGCAAUUAUAAUUAUAAAUUGGAAAAAGAAAUACUUUAUGUAGGAAUAUUAGUUCAUUUAUCAAUUUUAAUAUCAAUCUUUUUUAUUUUUGUAAUCACCUUCAUUUAGUAGAAGAUAGACCCAAAAUGUAAAAAAAAAUUAUUAAUUUUUUUAGAAUAUUUCAUUAUUUCAUUAAUAAUAUCCUUGUUUUUAGGAAUAAUGUACUCUGCAGCUUCUUUAAAAAUCGAAGUGAUUCCAAUCACACUUAUUUUUAUAAUUUUCUCAUUAUAUGGUACUAUUGUGGUUUUGUCAGGUUAAUAAAUAAGUAAUGGUAAAGUAAUUUAUUAAUUUUAUUAAUUUAGUAUUCUUUGGAUAAGAAGUAAAAAUAUAUGGGAGCAGUUCUAUAGUACUUGAACUUAUUUUGGUUAUGCUUUUGA